AUUACAAAUUCAACUUUUUAGAAAAAUCUAUUUAACCAGUAAAGUUUACUCUCCUUUUCGACAUUAGUAGUUCAGCUUAAUCAGCUAUUUGAUCACUCGGCACUUACGAGCUUUGCUUCGUGCAUCAAUGGCAAAACUUCCGAUUAUCCAGUUCGAGGACAAGAUAAUCGAAACCGUGGAGCGUAAUCCGGUGGUAGUGAUCAUCGGAGAGACCGGCUCCGGUAAGAGCACUCAGCUCUCUCAGAUACUUCACAGAAAAGGCUACACCAAGUCCGGCGUCAUCGGCGUCACUCAGCCUCGACGAGUAGCUGCAGUCUCCGUCGCCAGACGGGUUGGGCAGGAGCUUGGUGUACGACUUGGGGAGGAAGUGGGCUAUGCCAUUCGAUUUGAAGAUAGAACUUCAGAGAAAACACGUAUUAAAUAUUUGACUGAUGGAGUCCUCCUUCGUGAAAGUCUUUCUAACCCCGAGCUUGAUCAGUAUUCAGUAAUUAUAUUGGAUGAAGCUCAUGAGAGAAGUCUAAACACGGAUAUAUUGAUGGGGCUGAUGAAACGCAUAAUUAAAAUGCGUGCCUCCAAUUUGAAGGUUAUUAUCACUUCAGCCACUCUCGAUGGUGACAAGGUGUCCAGAUUCUUCUCCAAUUGUCCUGUUGUUAGUGUACCAGGGAAGUUAUUCCCUGUGGAAAUAUUUUACAGCACUGAACGGCCAACAAGUUAUCUUGAGUCUUCUUUGAAAACAGCUCUAGAUAUACAUGCUCGGGAGCCUGAAGGUGAUGUCUUAAUAUUCAUGACUGGACAGGAUGAUAUUGAGAAGUUGGUAUCGAAGUUGGAGGAGAGAAUUCAAAGCUUAGAGGAAGGGUCUUGCAUGGAUGCAAUUAUCCUUCCCCUUCAUGGCUCCUUGCCACCAGAAAUGCAGGUACGUGUAUUCACUCCUCCACCUCCAAACUGUAGGCGUAUAAUUGUUGCUACAAACAUUGCUGAGACUUCUUUGACUGUUGAUGGUGUUGUGUAUGUUAUUGAUUCUGGUUAUGUGAAGCAACGGCAGUACAAUGCGUCUACUGGCAUGUAUUCUCUUGAUGUUGUUCAAAUUAGCAGAGUGCAAGCCAAUCAACGUGCAGGACGAGCUGGAAGAACAUGUCCUGGAAAGUGUUACCGACUAUACCCAUCCAUGGUCUACCGUGGUGAAUUUUUGGAUGUAACGGUUCCUGAAAUACAGAGAUCUUCUCUUGCUGGCAGCGUUUUAUAUUUGAAAUCAUUGGACCUCUCUGAUAUUGAUAUUCUCAAAUUUGAUUUUCUUGAUCCUCCUUCCUCAGAGGCUUUGGAAGAUGCUUUAAAGCAGUUGUAUCUCAUUGAUGCCAUUGAUGAAAAUGGACUAAUAACGAGCGUCGGAAGGACAAUGGCAGAGCUUCCAUUGGAACCUUCUCUCUCUAGGACCUUGAUUGAGGCAAACGAGUAUGGUUGCUUAUCCCAGGCAUUGACCAUUGUUGCUAUGUUAUCUGCAGAAACUGCGCUGCUUCCUGGACGAAGCAAGGGCACUGAAAAGAAGAGAAAACAUGCUUCCUUGGACCUUCCUGAUGGUUCUGGCUGGGGUGAUCACAUCCAAUUCCUACAGAUAUAUGAGCAUUGGGAUCAAACUGACUAUAACCCUAAUUGGUGCAAAGAUAAUGAUUUGCAGGUGCGAGGGAUGAUGUUUGUCAAAGAUGUCCGGAAACAGUUGUGCCAGAUAAUGCAGAAAAUAGCAAGAGGAUCGUUAGAUGUACAAGCAGAUGAAAGACGGAAAGAAAGAUUGCGGGAUUAUAAGAAUUUAAGGAAGGCUUUGUGUGUAGGCUAUGGAACCCAGCUUGCUGAACGAAUGUUUCAUCAUAAUGGCUAUAGAACUCUAGGCUUCAAGCCACAACUUGUUCAGGUACAUCCGUCUUCAGUGCUGAGACCAGAUGAGGAGGGAAUGCUCCCAAAUUAUGUUGUGUAUCAUGAGCUCAUUGCCACCUCGCGUCCAUUCAUGCGCAGUGUUUGUGCAGUAGAGAUGCCAUGGGUCAUGCCUAUCUUGAAGAAGAUACAGAAGCUAAAUAUUCACAAACUAAGUGGUGGGUCCAAUUGUUCAGAGGAGAGAGCCCAGGGAGAACCAUUGGACUUGCCGAAGAAAGAGGUUGAAGUUGCUGCGUCUUGUGACGAACGUGACAGUAAAAUACAGGCUGCUCGGGACCGUUUUCUUGCUCGCAAAGGAAAGAGAUAGCAUUGUUGACUUCUGCCAAUUGGAAUUGAGAUUGAUGAAUGUUUCAAGACCUGAUUUUCAUAUCAGUGAAUGCGCAUACGUGCACAGUAGACCAUGGGGGAUGGAGGUCUGCUCGCUUAAUGUGAACCUAUUUCUACGAAACUUUGGCCAACUAUAGCAUUAAGCGAGCAUUGUAUCGUCAAUGUGUUUUCCUACCAUUUGCAAGCCUCUCUUUCUACAGGGGAGCUGUUGGGGUUUCGGAAUCCCAAUUUGUAAAACUAGUAUUUACCCAAAACAAGUCUUCCCAUCUGUGGCGUGGGAAUUAUCGUUUAUGCUUUGACAAUUCUCCUUCUUGUAGCAAGCUCAUUUGCAGAAUUAAAUUGUGCCCAAGGUGCCAAUUUUUAACACCUAAAAAUUCAAAUACUAAAUUUCUUCACUCUGCAA